AUUUCAACUGAAAAAAAAACAAAAGAAAUAAACAACGAGUUAGGUUAGGUACAUGCAUAUCACAUUAAGAACCAUGGACGCACGCAUCGGCCUGGAUUAUAUAGUCGAGAAUGGUGACUACAUAGCCACAUUGGGCACUGCAUUGGAUACACAAAAUGCAACCGUUAAGAAGCAAGUUUUCGAGCUACUCUCAGCGUUGUGCGCCUACAGCGCCGACGGCUAUGCGCGUGCCAUCGAAACACUAGAGUUUUAUAAGAAUCUCAAGAAACAACGAUAUCGCUUUCAAAUUGUUAUUAACGAACUGGAACAGACCAUUGCCGCCUCCUCCUCGUCGUCGUUGUCGUCAUCGUCGUCAUUAUCAUCAUCGAAUCCGCCAUUGGACUAUCAGACUGCUCUAUUGGCCUUCAUCAAUUGUGUCAUCAUCUCAGCGGCCACAUUGCAGGAACGCAUACGCAUACGUAACGAAUUUAUAGGCAUCAAAGUAUUGCCCUUACUCAAUAAUCUAAGAAAAGUUGCUCAAAGUGUGGGCGAUAUCAUUGAACAAUUGGACGUUUUUGUGGAACAGCAAGAAUGCGACGAGGCCCAGAGCCUACAAGGCCCCGAUGGCAUCAAUCUAAAUUCACAUCUUGAUGUCUUCUAUGCCAUAUUGCGACAGGUGGCCGAUACCCCACAGGAUGCACCUUUCCUAAAUAUAUUACAGCAUUUGCUACGCAUUGACUCGAAGGAACCGUUAAGCGAUAUUAUUUGGGAUACUACUGAACGUUUGGUCCAUCGAGCCACAUUGCUGGAAAGUCAUGAGGAUGCAGUGCGUCUGUUGCGUACACCGAGUACACAGAAAUUUGCCUGCCAAAGUUGUCGUGGUAGCGAUGCCACAAGUCCCACGCGCAAGCCAACAACAGCCCAAGGCCAAGCACAGUCCAAGAAUACUACCACAAAUGCUGCACCACCCGCACCUCCGCCACCGGCGUCGUCGGCUCCAGUGGCACCACCACCGCCUCCGCCCCCAGCAAUUAUUACGGUCAAUGGAAAGGCGCCACCGCCGCCGCCACCGCCCAUGAUAAAUGGCAGCUCACCGCUACCACCACCACCGCCAGCUCCGCCCUUGCAACUAUCUAACCGUCCAUUAACACCAGAUCCCCUGCUGGCAUCUGCAGCAGCGGCUGCGGCCGCUGAGCCAUCGAUAUUACUGCCCCAACAGGAUACGCCGGCGCCCAAGGCCAAAAUGAAGACCAUCAAUUGGGGCAAGAUUCCCCAUCAAAAGGUUCUGGGUAAACAGAAUAUCUGGAGCAUUGUGGCCAGCAAUCAUCAGGAUAGUCCCAUGAAGGACAUUGACUGGCAGGAAAUGGAAGGACUCUUCUGCCUGCAGACAACCAGUGCCCAGGGGUCGCCCAAACUGGGACGCGAAGGCAGCCAUUCGGCCAAUUCAAAUUCCUCCAAUGGCUGCGACACCCUGGAUCGUAAAUCGAAAAAGGAAUGCCAAGAGAUCACACUAUUGGAUGGCAAACGGAGUCUGAAUGUCAAUAUAUUCCUCAAGCAGUUCCGUUCGUCCAAUGAUGAUAUUAUCCAAUUGAUACGCCAGGGACUUCACGAAGAAAUUGGAGCUGAGAGAUUACGCGGUUUGCUAAAGAUCCUGCCGGAAGUGGAUGAACUUGAUAUGCUUAAGAAUUUCAAUGGCAAUAAGGCGAGAUUAGGCAAUGCCGAAAAGUUUCUGCUUCACUUACUGGAAGUUCCCAAUUAUAAGCUACGUAUUGAGAGCAUGUUGCUCAAGGAGGAAUUCGCAACGAAUGUGGCCUAUUUGGAGCCCUGCAUUAAUGCAAUGCUUUAUGCCGGCGACGAUUUGUUGAACAAUAAAACACUCCAGGAAGUCCUCUAUAUGGUUGUGGUGGCUGGAAAUUUCUUGAAUUCCGGCGGCUAUGCGGGAAAUGCAGCGGGCGUUAAACUAUCUUCCUUGCAAAAAUUGACGGAUAUCAGAGCCAAUAAACCGGACAUGAAUCUCAUUCAUUUUGUGGCUCUUCAGGCUGAAAAACGGAAUCCGGAACUGUUGCAAUUCACCUCACAAUUAGCCACACUGGAGAAUGCCAGCAAAACCACUUCGGAGCAGAUCACUAAUGAAAUAUGCACUUUGGAUGGACGUAUACGACGGAUCACACGGCAAAUUGAACAACCCCAUACCGAUGAGGAUAUCAAGCAGCAAAUGGCCGAGUUCCUGCAAGCAGCCGAAUCCGAAUUAGCCGUCCUUCAGGCUGGCAUGAAACAGGUGGAAUCGAUGCGUCUGAAGCUAGCCGAAUUCUUCUGCGAAGAUGCGGCCACAUUUAAGCUGGAGGAAUGCUUUAAAAUCUUCCAGAGUUUCAAUGAGAAAUUCCGUCAGGCAGUCAAGGAGAAUGAGCGACGACAACAACAGGAGCAACAGGCCACCUUGCGGCGCAAGCAAAGAGAGGAGCAAAUGGCCCGUAGAGCCAGACAAAUGGGUCAGACUGCAGGUACACCUGUGUCCGAUUCUGAGCAUCCAUUUGUGGGUGAUUCUUUAUACGAUCCUCGUGCCAGUCCUGCUCUAAGUCGUCGUCAUCUUGGUUCGGGUGACAUUACCAAUGGAUUCAUACGCCUUGAGCAAGAUGGAGCCUCACCCGAUAUAACACCCAAUGGCAGUCUGAGAAGACGACGCAGUCGCGUCCUAGCCGAAGAGGAUGACCUGAUGGAUUUCUUGCGCAGCUCGACAGGACCCAACGAUGGCCAUCACAUAAGUCGAGAGCGUAAGGCAGCUGCUUAUGGUAGUUUGGAUCGCUCCUGGGCUCGACGGGCACGUUCUGGUAGCUCUAGUCGCAAGCGACCGGAUCUAUUGAACAUUGAUUUUGGGUUGGAUCGGGAGAGAGCCAGCUCCCCAGCUCCACUGAUACAGCAGCAGCAACAGGCACAACAGCAGCAGCAGCAGCAACAGCCACAGGAACGUCUUCAAUCUCCUUUGGCCAACAGUGGUGGAGGAACGCCCACAGGCAGUGAGGAUGCAAAACCUAGAAUAUCCCGAGAAUUUCGGCAGAAGAUUGAAACUUGGCUGCAAUCCAAUGAGAACGAUGAGAAGCAAAACGAGGAAUACAAACGAAGGCGUCGCUUGGUCAAUGCCAAUAGGCGAUCGCUCGAAAACGAUACAGAAAACGAACGAAAAUUGGAUCCAUUGCCGGAGGAGAAAAUCAUGACGACAGCAACGCCAACGAAUACGCCGACAUCAACGAUCAGCACUAACAACCUAACAAGUAAGCCUCAAGUUGAGGAUAAAAAAUAUCAGCGAGUCUAUGCCGACUGGAAGCCUUCAAAGACACUGGAACAAACCGAUGUUGUGGGCAAUAUCCAGGCCAUAGCCGAUGCCACAAACAAACCCCAAUUGAGCACCGCCGAGGAACUGCGUCAGUAUAGAAGGCAGCGAUCACAUGAGCCACAGCAGGGAUUACAGUCCAUAGCCGAAGAGGAUCGACGAAAGACUUUGAUACAAAAACUAGGAGAACAAGAGAGCACAGAUCGUUUGCAGAUCUAUGUGAGGAGACCUGCUAGCGUGGAUAAGGAGGAGACGACACCAGCCAAAGAUGAUACAUUUGCCAGUCUGCUAAAUCAUCACAAGAGUCACAAUGAAAGGAUUAAGGAUGAUCAAGCCACGUCGAAGGAGAUUGAUGCCGAUAAUAUUGAGACGCCUCCGGUGAGUCGUCGUGUAAUGGCCCAGACACCAAAUACCACAGUGGUUACGGUUAGCAUGACGGAUAAGCCCAGAGAUCAUAAGAUGAUCGUCAAGGAGGAGCCCAAGAAAAUGCCCAAAGCUGAGACGAGCAAAAAUGACGAUGAUUCACCCGGACAUUUUGAUCGUCAUUCGAUGGCCAGACGCACACGUCGCUAUAAGCGACCCACAGACUACAGCAGUGGCACCGAAGAGGCUCCUCCUGCUUCGCAGAAGGAACCCAAAGUGGAGGUGGUCAAACAGAAGCUGGAAAAGGUCGGACGUCACAUUAGUUCAAUCAAUCAGGAGGAUGUACGCGAAGCCAUACGCAACUUGAAGUCACCCACAGGCACACCAGAGCGUCCAUGGAGUCCAACGGCAGCCACACGUGAGAUUAGUCCAGCGGGCAAGGUUGCCAAAAUCACUGGCCACCACGAGCUCAACGACGAGGGCUUCGAGGAGACGCAAAGUCUCGUGUCCGACACCCCCUCCCAUGGCAAGGGUGAGAGUACGAACUCCUCCUGCAACGAGGGCAACGAAAAUCCGCCGCCAUCUCAACGAGGCUUACAAAAGCAAAAGCCCGCCACCACAACAAUCACACAAAUGGGUAGCCGUCUGUCCGAUAGACUGCAGCAGGCUCGUCUUCGGACGAAUCCCUCGUCACAACCAGCGUCAGCUACCAAGUCACAAAACCAAGUGCCACUCAAGCGUAGUCCCUCAGCCCCAUCAUCCGCCGCCAAUGGCCCGACGGGGCGUCCAUUACGCAUGCCCAAUGGUCAGCCCUUAGCUUUGCGCUCAUCUUCCAACUCGUCUUCAGCAGCAACAACCGUGCGCCGAUCACCUCAGGAGCAACAAGUCUUGCACAAUGUCGAGCGCAGCAGUUCCCGCAAUAGUUUGAGAUCCUCCCGCUCGUCCAUCAACAGUGGCAUUUCCACACAAACAGUGGUCAGACGUCUGCCUUCGGUUCAGCGAGCCGGAGCAACUGUCUCAGUGGAUUCAUCGCCCUCAAAGAGACCGCUGGCCAAUCAAAAUGUAGCUGCUGCUGUCGGUAGAUCAACUCCUGGCCUAAGCAAUAGCAGCAGCAGAGGUGUUCCAGCCAGUCGCAGCAGUUCCAGUGGCUCCAGUGUUGGACCCAGUGUCAUUUUGGUGAGGAGUAGUAAAAUACGCCCCACUCCCCAGCCCCUUGGAGGCAGCACCAGCUUCAAAGAGAAUCAAAAGGAGUCACGUUUAAAUGCUGCCCGCAGCACAAUGUUGGUUAAGAAUGCCAUGAAUCAGCACCACCAGCAGCAGCAGCAACAGCAACAACAGCAGCAGCAGCAACAGUCAUCGAGGAUCCAUCAGCAGCAACAUUCAACCCAAACGCCAAGCCGGAGUCUCAGCUCAAAUCGCUCGUCGGUAAGCAGUUUUAUGCGUCCAACGGCCAGCAGUGUCACCAAACGACAGAAAUAAAAGAACAGCAACAACAAAUUCUUAAAUCUAAGCCGUCCAUAACCAAACACCAAACCAUUUCGAAUUUCUAGACAUGAUUCACAUUAAAUAUUUUGGUGAACGUAUACAACAAAAACUAUUAAAAACAAAAG